ACGGUCUCUGCAGUGCCAGCAGUAAAAUGAGAAGGAGGCAGACCUGCCCUCUCUUUUAUUGACUUUAUCUAGCGCAUAUUUCCCUGCACUUAUGCCGUUUGAAUGCCACAAUCGUGCGGAAGCAGCGUGCCGACUCCCGGUGGCAUGACUGGAAAUGGACCGUGUUCGCCGUCUGACGAAGUAGUGCGCCGACCGUGUUGGAAACAUCGCACCGGUCGACAGUAGCCUGUGUGGGUGCAGGCAGAGCGGUGCUGCCCCCUCUCAAUGACCAACCUUCAGUGCUAGCGAUCAGAGCUGCGCUGGCGACACCGUGAGCAUGGAAGACUACCAUGAGUCUACUUAACUAGUAUUGCCGCUGAACUCCCGACUACCGUAGAAUAGCGGUUCCAGCAUGCCCGACCGGUGGUGCUCCACGAGGCUCGCAGUUGCCUGAUAUUAACGUUACAGGCCUGCUUUUUCCAUCUGGAAAUUUCUUGGCAGGGGAAAGCAGGCCAGCUAGCACCGCCAGCGUUCGCCUUCUCCGCGCUGCAUCUCUGGGCUUUGACGGUGCACAUUUGUUCCAUGCCCACACCUGUGACACUGUCGUCUAUCAAUUCGAGGACUUUUUUAAACUCCAAAAAGUAUUUUAUGGGAUUCAUAUCGGCGAAGGAGAAGCAGGCCUAAGCCAAAAUGGUGAACUGGAGGCGGCUGCUGCGAAUGUCCAACCGAUCGUUCCUGGCCUUCAUCUUCUUCUUCUCCAUGUCCACCACUUGUCUCUACUUCAUCUAUGUGGCUCCUGGAAUAGCCAACACGUACUUCUUCAUGGUGCAGGCUCAGGGCAUCAUGUUGAGAGACAAUGUGAGGACCAUCGGCCAGAUGAUUCGAUUGUACACCAACAAGAACAGUACGCUCAACGGGACGGACUAUCCUGACGGCAGUAACUCCAGUGAAUACCUGGUGCAGCCAACCACGUACCUCCCUGAGAACUUCACCUACGCCCAGAACCUGGCCUGCCCACAGCGAUUACCUUCUAUGAAGGGCCUUAUGGAAGUGAACAUGACGGAGAUCCCUAUGGAGGAGAUAGAACUCAAGUUCUCCAAGUUUUUUGACAUUGACUUCGGAGGCCAUUGGAAACCAAAGGACUGUAGACCUCGUUGGAAGGUGGCCAUCCUGAUUCCAUUUAGAAACCGCCAUGAACAUCUGCCCAUCCUCUUCCAACACCUCAUCCCCAUGCUGCAGAGACAGCGGCUGCAGUUUGCCUUCUACGUCAUCGAACAGAGUGGGACCCAGCCCUUCAACAGAGCCAUGCUGUUCAACGUGGGCUUCCUGGAGGCCAUGAAGGACUUGGACUGGGACUGCUUGGUCUUCCAUGACGUGGACCACAUCCCUGAGAACGACCGAAACUACUACGGCUGUGGUCAGAUGCCACGUCACUUCGCUGCCAAGCUGGACAAAUACAUGUACAUUCUUCCGUACAGCGAGUUCUUUGGUGGUGUGAGCGGACUCACUGUGGAGCAGUUCCGCAAGAUCAAUGGCUUUCCCAAUGCAUUCUGGGGCUGGGGAGGAGAGGAUGAUGACUUGUGGAACAGGGUUCACUAUGCUGGUCUGAAUGUCACGCGACCAGAGGGAGAGAUCGGCAAGUACAAGUCCAUCCCUCACCACCACAGAGGAGAGGUGCAGUUCCUCGGGAGGUAUAAACUGCUGAGGUACUCCAAAGAGCGGCAACACUUGGACGGCCUCAACAACCUCCAUUACAGCCCCCACACGUCCCUCAGCAGCCUCUAUAAGAACAUCACGGUGGACCUGAGCCCCGAGCUCGCCCCCAUCGCAGACUACUGAACUGCCCCUCCUCCACACCCCCGGCUCCAGGUGGACGAGAGGAGAGGGAGGGGUGAAGAGGUGCACCACCAAAUGCUGCCAAGAAACCUUGGCGAGGGGAAAAAAAGAUGAAAAUCCAAACCGAGGAGAGAAAAAAGAGGAAAAACGAAGAGGCAGUGGCAAGUCUCUCAACGUGAACUGUUGAUUGUGUGUGUGUGCGCUGGGUGCGUGCGAUGCGUGCGUGCGAUGGGUGAGUUGCUGCAUGUCUUUUCGUCCGUGCCGGCUUAACUACUACGAGCUGACAUGAGUUGGUUGAGGCUGGAGGGAGCAGCAGCGUCUCAGCUCUGAUGUUUGCUGCUAAGCCUUAACGUGGCAGAACCACAGCUCCCUCUGCUCGGCGCCGCACCGCUUCACUUCUGAUGUAUCACCGUCACCUUACAAGCCAACAGACUUUCUACUAUCCUUUGUUUUAUACAUAUCAUUUUGUCAGGCCACAGUAUUCCUUUGUUAACAGGAGGGAUGUGAGCGAGGGUGACCUUAAUGUUCUGAUGUACAUUUAUCGGGUUUCUGUCAUUAUUUUUUGAUACGUGGUAUUUAUUUUCUCUUGAUUCGGGAUGUUCGAAGGAGCACUCCUGUCCAUGUCACUCAAGUGUUCGCUGCUUGUUUUUCGCUGCACUGCUGCUGAAUCCGCAUGAACAUGUAUGUAAAUAUCGGCCUCGUAAAAGCUCGAACACAGAACACAAAUAUGUAAAUAUGGGCCUUCAGAUGCUCGGGCGUAUUACAGUGAUAUUCCAGUGGGUUUGAAUUUUAUUUUGGCAGCUACCUUUGUUCUAAGGAUUUAAUAAGAGUGAGUGGUUUCUUCCGAACAGGAAGAUCUUCUAACAAUAUAGGAUGUUUGGCUUAAAACAGAAAUAUCCAAAUCUUAAGAUUUGACCUUAUCUUUUGCAUGCCUUAAUUUAUUUUGUGUUCUUUUCAAACAUAAGUUAUUUCAUCAGUUAGAGAUGUGCAUAUUCUUCAUUUUGCCUUUGUUGUGCUUUUCUUCUUCUCUUGAGGUGCACUGUGUGAAGGAGUAGCGCUGCUCCUCAGGAGGAGGCGUGGCCAACGCUCAUUUGAGAGUGUAUGUUUCCUUUUUGUCUCAGAUGUGUUUUCACUUUUAGAUCUUUUUUAUUCUGAUGGUUUAGUGCUGGAUUAUGUGAUAAAGCUGUUCAUUGUACUGUACCAUGCGCUGGAGCGUGGGGUUGGGCUGGAUGCUGUGUGUCUGGACCGUAGUGUUCUUAUCAGAAGGGCCAGAAUGAGAGAACUGCUGUUCUUGAAUGGCACGCGCUGUGAAAAGUUAAAUUUCCUUCAAGCUUUGAGCACUAUAAAGAUAGAGAGAGAGACGUGUAGGCAGAUGUUCUGGUGUUCACUAGCACCUCUAGCUUUUGAAUUUGACAAUGAGUAGUUGUGUGGACACUGAGAUGUUGGAGUCACAACCAAGACCGUAUCUUCUGUCACACUGUUUCAUCCUGAUGCUUGCUGCAUUAGAGGCCCCUAUACACUGUGCCGAGCUGUGGUCCUUCAUUUCACUGUGAGGCGUUGGUGACCAAAGACAUGUAAGAACCUCAGAGCUACAGGGUCUCCGUGUGACUGCUGCAGGGACCGUGUCUACACUGACAGACACGUACCUACAGGCACCACGAUAGCUGUGUGCUGUGCAGAGUUAUACUGUCAUAAGUGUCUUUUUUUAAGGCUCCAUGAGGUCUAUUUAUUAGCUGUUCUGGAGCUUUUGAUCAUAUCACAUGGUCUUCAUCAACAGAUAGAGUUUGCCCCGUUGCCGUGGAGUUAUAGAUGGAUAGAUAGAAGAUCUAAAACCCGGCUGCUGAUGAAGUGAUUGAAAGCUCUAGAGUAGCUAGUAAAUGGUCCUCCUUGUGAGAUGGGUUCUGGUUCGGUCUGAACUUUAUUGCUAAACAUACAUGUUUAAAGGCAGCAGGUGGAGGAUGCUGUUUCUGUUCAGAGGAAACAAUUUGUCGAUUAAUCAAUUAGUUGAUGGACAAAGUUAAUCUGAGACUAAUUUGAGAAUGGAAGAGUUUAAAGGAAUACUCCCAAAAAAGGACCAUCUGUCCAUCAGUUGCCCGUCGUGUGGACCUUCAGUCCUCUCGUGCUCCACAGUCGACGUGUAACCCAAAGAACGGAGAAAAGUCUUGAUAAAGUCAAUGUGUUUCAUGUUGAACAAACACUAAACUAAAUGAAAACAUCCAGCUUUUAAAUAGUUUCUUCAAGACUUCUAGGUAACAUCUGGAGUGUUCUGGUGAAGGCCGUCUUCAAGCCACGCUGUAUCGUCAUAGCAACCUGUAUGUGCUUACAGAGUUAAAGGCUCAACCUCCUGUCACAGCAGAGCUUUAACUCUGGUUUAGCAGAUGGGUCCCUUUUCUUAGCUUAGCAUCACAUGUUAGCAUAUGCUGUUCAUAGGUGAGUGGCUGUGAUCUGACGGCAGCAGUAAGCUGGAGUGUGCCUGACUCCUGGUGAUCGGCUGGUUGGGUGGAUUCAGACUGGGACAGUUUAGUCCAUGAGGCCAGAAGGUUUACUUCAUUCUCUUCUCUCUCUUCAUAGGUUUUUGUUUUGCAAUUGCUGAAACACAAGUUCCGAAACAAGGGCGCUUAUUGUCAAAACUCUACAAACAAAAACAUACACACCAUAUCUUUCAUCACUUUCAAAAUGAAACGCGUCAUUCAAAACUAUAUCAACUUUUCUAAAAAAUGAUAUUUGUGCAACAUCUUAAUUCUUCACACAAAGGUUUCAUUUGUAGCAUGCUGUAAACAUAGAACACAUAUGUGAACACACGCAGUCAAUGUGUUUAUUCUCAAUACUCGGCAUCAGACACAGUGACGUCCUCCCACCAAAGAGCACACCUGAGUUCAAGUGAUCUAAUUGGUUACAGAUGUUUUUCACAGGUGCAUUCUGGGUGCAGGCCAUUGAUAAGUGUCGUAUUUCAAUGGCAGCAUUUAGCAAACAAGGCGCAGGCUUUUAGCUUUGAAUGAUGUGUCUAAUGUAGUUAACGGUGUGUAGUUAUCUGCUGAAAGUCUAAAGCAGACAAUGUGCUUAUGGUUCAGCACAGCUGCUCAAUCAAGUACCACUUUCUCUGUUAUGGUAAUUGCAAAAAAACCAGCACAACUCAGAGAGCAGCUUGUGAGUGUUGGAUGGUGUGACGACGGGGUCAGUGUUGUCUAGUUGAUCCGCUUGGUAUCUCGUUUGGUUGGCUGAAGACAAAGCUCCGGUCCAGUAGAGUGCUAAACGGGGUCUCGGGUCAGUUUUCUCAAUAGUUGGUGUUCGUCCUCGGCCAGGAGGAGGGGAGUUGACUCCGCCCGUCCCUGCAGCCCCUUUUCUUCACAUCUAAAGUCUCUAAAGUGUGUGAGAGCCCUAAACACAACUGUAUUCCAUGUUGCAGUAUUUGUUUGUGCCUUGAGUUCUUUUUCACUUUACAUAUUGACUGAAGAGAUUACAGACGUUUUGUCCCCGAGUGUGAAACAAGAAUCCAACACAUCCGAUGAGUGUACGGCUCCACCCUAGACUGAGCUGAGCUUUCAUCUCAUUUCACACAAAAUACGAACCGAACGUCUCUGUCCUCCAGAAAAAAAAAUAAUAAUGAACACAAGCACAUCUCCUUCUGUCAUCAACAAGUUCAAGCACAACCUGUUGAAGCUUUGAGGCUCAAUCCACCGUCCUCUCCUAUAGCCGUCAAUCUGCAUGGCCCAGCCUGCGCACGCGCGCGCACACACGCACAAAUAAUGUGACUUCCAUCUGGUCUCCAUGUGCAUGAUGACCAGAGCAGGCAGGCAGCCGCUUUGCUUCUGUGAGCAGCGCUGCGGUUACUGCAUGACGUCCAUGUUGGUGAUCGGACGGGUUCCAGUGUUUUACAUCACGUUCAUCAUUAUGGCAUUGUAUGACAUUUUUUGUCUUUGACUCUCAAAAAUGUUAAUUAGUACAACUUGACUGAUAAAUCGUAUGCCGGUAUCGGUAUUUGCGUGCGUGCCGUUAGAUGGAGAACAAUGUGCAUCCAGUAAAUGUUCCAGAUGGCUGAAGAAUCUCUGUUUAAGAUAAGAAUCACAAGGUGUUCACACGGGGAGCGCUGGCCUCUAUCUGCAAAUGGUUUGUUUAAUAAGAUGAUGAAAGUAGAGCCAAUAAAUCGUCUGAUCGCUGUAUACGGUAACCAACAACUAGAACUUGAGUCAUAAAGAUGUGUUUGAAGAACUUGGCAAAAACAUCGCACAGCAAUGUCCUUCAGUAGCGGUUCUGGCGCUUUCGGUUUAAAUCAAAUCUUCCGCAGCAGUCUCUUCAUCUCAACUUCUCAGUCAAGUCUUUAAAAUACUACAUGUUCAACAUUUAGUAUUCACAACAGGGCAUCUGCUGAGGAAGAUCAUGUGAUGCAGCUGAAAAGCUCCAGAACAGCUACCAGCUAGGUGAGAACCCAAGAAUGAGUUGUCCCAACAUGUCUUACAUAUUGCUCCGACACAUGGUUUGUUGUUUGGCUGUUAAGUGUCCCACAUGUUUAGGUUUUUGUAACCAUCAGUGGAUACAGUAGAUGCCAGUUUUAGUCCGGCUCUAGAUAAUCAUUGCAACUGAACACAAACCAUCUGCUGAUGAGGACCAUGAGGUGUGGCUGAAAGCUCCAGAAAAGAA